UACAACUCACACGUAGUCAAAUUACCAAGACGAUCGGACGUGAAAACUUUAUUCUGUUUUAAAAUAUUAUAAAUAUAGUUUGGAAGUACAACAAAUUGUUACAUCGCACAGAUGGGUGGAAAAAUGUCGCUAUUUUUCCAGCUUCUGUUGAUAUUUAGUUUGCUGCAUUGCGCGUCGGCCAUGCGUAAUGUAAAAGUCAGUUCUGGUUCUGCCAUAUUAAGUCCAUCUACCACUGAUGAUUUCGCUAAACAGCUAGAUUUGAAGAUAGGGGAGAGGAAUGAGAAACUUACUAUGAGAAAAAAAAAUUUGCCGGCUAUAAGCAAACCCCCCUCACGGAGGUCUACGGCGAAAAUUGAGUUGUUACAGUCUGAGGAUGGUUCUACAACUUGCAUUGAUAAUUGCGAGAGCGGUAGUUGUACUACGCGCUGUAUCAAACAAGAGGAAAACGCUGUCACAUAUGUUACCGAAAGGAGAACACUUACAAUUGAAAACGAUAUACCUCCACAGUUUCCAUCAGCUGGUGUAUUAAAAAAGAUGAGAGAGUCUAUCCAAAGUAAAAUGGAAAGGGAAACUCGACAUCGCAGAACGGCCACAGAAAAUGGUGCCAUAAAUCGUAGGGCUGCCCCGGAAGGGAAGAAACCAAAACUGCUUGUUCCAAAUAUCGAGACUGAUACAGCAAUUAUAAAAAUAAGAGUUAUGAUAGAUGUCGCCUUUUUAGAAAGAUUUGUGGUGUUUGUUGGUGGUGAUAUACAAGCUGCGAUUGAUGAAAUAGAAUGUUUCUUUGUAUUGACAAUGAACCAAGUGGCACUGUAUUAUGCAAAUCUAAAGGAGUUGGGAGCUAGCAUCACUUCAUCAGACGGAGUAAAUUACCCAGUAGAUUUCUUACCAUACUUAGAGAGCGUGGAGUUGCCGCCAAAAAAUGAAUCGGAUGGUACGUACUAUGACAUAACCGCGAUUGUGAACAACAGAGACGAAGGUGGCAAUUUGAUAACUAAUAUAUUUGAUAGCGGUGACAACAACAUAUUUUUUGAUGUUGGGGGGCUUGUGAUUGACUUUGGUCUUUACCAGUACGGAUUAACUCAAGGCUUGCAACAACCAUAUGACCUUUUACAUUUUGUUACAGGGGACAAACUCGUGGUUGACUUUUAUAUUAUUGAGGGCAAUGUAACAUCAUUCGACCGAAGGGAAGAACUUGGUGGAAUUGCGUACAUUGGAGCAUUCUGCAACGAUUUUGCAUCAACAGGAUUUGAUGGACGAAAUGGAUUCUCUGCGUUCCAAUAUCCGGUUAUAGAUCGGAUAAUAGCUCACGAGAUCGGACACAACAUUGGAUGCUUUCAUGAUGUAACGGAAAUAUGUCCAGCAGAGAAAUUGAAUGUGAUGUCACCAUUACCCGUACCCAAGCUGGAAUCCCUCCCUGAUUAUUACAAGUGGUCGGUAUGCUCUGGAGAAGACAUAGCGAAUUACUUUGCGUUUUUGAACUUGACAAGUGUUGAAUUAGCAACGUGCCUUUAUACCAAUAAACCAACAGAAGAAGAAUUUCUUGCCAACUUCUGCGAAGGUCUUCUAGGAACGAAAUACGACAUAAAUGAUCAGUGUAGACUCUUUUUCGGAAACGAUAGCUACGUGUGUACAAAUGGAAGCAAUGUUUUGGAAACGGGAUAUGUCGAAGCUGACAAAUGCCAGACUAAAAGUGGACCAGGAGGUAUCUUCGAUCCCCUGCCGCUUCUCAGCUGUGCCAAGGAUGGAAGUUGUGAUGAUACACCUUAUUUCCUAGACCAUAUUUUUGAUGGAACCAAAUGUGCGAACAAAGGCGGUGAUCCUGCAGGAAACCAGGUAUGUUAUCAUGGAAUAUGCGAAACGAAUUUGAAGAUUUGCAGCAAGAGCCAAGGAAAAGGACAAAAUACGAAAAAAUAAAUUGGAAACGAGUUGUAACUUGAUACGACAAUGGAAAGAAAUACGGACUACGCGACUAUAUGAAUUUACAUAAAUGAAAUAAAAUUUUCAACUUGAUACAAGCUUCUUGCAAUUGUUCCAGUUUUACAUUAAUCACAAAGGAAAUGGUGCAAAUAGAAAAAAAAGAAUGUUCAGUUCCAGUCUGUUUGAAUAAAAUUGAAAACGUACUAUUAAAGUAUCCUAUUUGAUUAACUAAAAGCUACUGCACUAUAAACAUCACAAUUUCAAUAAUAUACUAGAUGCCAGUGAAAUAUUUUGGGUUUUUGUUCAUCAUCAGUUCAAAGGAUACAAUGAAAAAUCUAGUAUUGGUACAAAUUGAAUAAUGAAUAAUUGAUCUCUUGUAUGAAUAAAAUCGUUGAAGAAAAAAACUGAUUUAUUAAAGGUCAUAAUAGAAAUGUUGUUAUGACAAAGCGGGUGAGCAAAUUGCUACAGCUUAAACAUAAAUUGCUUAUUAAGGCAGUAAACUUUGACAUAUAAUUUAGAUUAAGAUAAUAAUAGCACUAAGUUACACAGAAUAAAAGCAUAUUCAAAAUUUC